CAAAGUAUCCUUCUAUCCAAGAAUUAUAAAUGUCAACGCCGAUAGUUAUUGGUUUUGCAGUGGCUGGUGCCGCAACUGCUGCUCGAUUAGGCGUAAAGGCAUUUCAAGAAUACCAAAAGCGACCAAAGGCUCCUGUCAUGCCUCGUCUUUCCAAGUACUACAAAGGUGGUUUCGACCCCAAGAUGAAUAAGCGCGAAGCCGCUCUUAUCCUUGGACUUCGGGAAUCUAACAUACAAAAAACUAAAUUAAAAGAAGCUCAUCGACGAAUCAUGUUGGCAAACCAUCCAGAUCGCGGUGGUUCUCCAUACCUCGCCAGUAAGAUUAAUGAGGCAAAGGAUUUCUUAGAAGGAAAAGCCAAGAAAUAGAUAUGUGGAAGCAAAAUUGAAUUUAUACGAAGAUAAUAUUUCCCCUGGAUGGUAGCUUAGAUGUUUCGUACAAUAAAUGUAAAGUGUUUGUUAUUUAUAUACCGCAUUAGUGGAUUAAAUCGUUACCUCCCAUUAAGCACUUUUAGUGUCAUCGUGUGAGCAACUCCUUUA